CAUUCUUCUUCCUUGGAGUUGGGGGGCAUAGCUCUCUCACAUUUUGGCCAUAUUUCUCUUUCAAACAUUAUGGGCUCACUAGGCCCGACGCGUGCCAUGAAUGGCAACCCGGUUGGAAAUGGCAGUGCGCCUGUUAAUGGGGACUCUCCAGCAGCACCAAAUGGAGGGCAUUUGGAGCCUAUUGCCAUGGUGGGCAUGAGUUGCCGGCUCUCCGGAGACGCAUCAGACACGCAAAAGCUGUGGGAACUGCUCAUUAAGGGUCGUUCGGCGUGGUCAAAGACGCCCAAGGAUCGAUUCAACCAAGAGGCUUUUCAUGAUCCCUCUGCUGAAGGCAAGCCCGGAAGGACAAGUACAGACGGUGGACAUUUUCUGAAAGAUGAUGUUAAAGCCUUUGACGCCUCCUUCUUUGGAGUCAACCCGAUAGAGGCAACGGCCAUGGACCCUCAACAGAGACUGCUUCUUGAAAUUGCCUAUGAGGCUUUUGAAAAUGCCGGCCUCACCCUUGAACAAUUGUCAGGGUCCAACACUGGUGUCUAUGUCGGCCAGUGGGCCUCGGACUACCAGGAGAUGCUCCUCAGAGAUAUCGACUUUCCGCCUAUUUACCAGGCCAGCGGCGUUGGAGCGGCCAUUUCCUCCAAUCGUGUUUCCUACUGUUUCAACCUACACGGCCCCAGUCUCACCCUCGACACCGGCUGCUCAGCCAGUUUGGUAGCCCUUCAUCAGGCCGUGCACAGUCUCCGCGCAGGCGAGACGGAUACAUGCUUCGUGGCGGGCGUCAAUCUCCAACUCGACCCGCAGCGAUAUGGCUAUCAAAACAAGCUAAGUAUGUUCUCUAAACAAGGCAAGUCGUACACAUUUGACCACCGCGCCAAAGAGGCCAGUGGCUACGGCAGAGGUGAAGGGUGCUCGGGGGUCGUCCUUAUGCCCCUUUCACAGGCCCAGAAGCAGGGUUUUCCAAUCCGCGCUAUUAUCCGAAACUCGGUAGCUAAUCAGGAUGGAAAGACAAACGGAAUCACUGUCCCAAGUGCUGCAGCGCAAUCCGCUGCCAUUGAGAAGGCCUACGCUCAGGUCGGCCUGGUGCCGUACGCAGACUAUGUCGAGGCCCACGGGACGGGCACCGCAGUUGGCGAUCCCAUCGAGGCCCGGGCGAUCGCCAAGGUCCUCGGUGCUGGUCGAGAGUCGGAUUCGCCCCUGCCCAUCGGCUCCCUCAAGGCCAAUAUUGGUCAUACUGAGAGCGCAGCCGGCCUCACCGGUCUCAUCAAGGCCGUUUUGAUGCUCGAACACAACAUGAUUCCGCCUCAGAUCAACUUCGAGAAGCCGAACCCGGAGAUUGACCUGGACGCCCUCAAUCUUAGAAUCCCAACAACUCUCGAGUCUAGGCCGCUCAAGAGAAUUUCGGUGAAUAGCUUCGGCUACGGCGGAACCAACGCCCACGUCGUUGUAGACGCCGCCGCGGACGUCGCCCCGGUGAAGCCGACAAGCCAGAGCAAUGGGAUUCCAACCACCCAUGAUCAUCAUGUGCCUGAAGGUGCACCCAGGGCUAAAGAACGGCUCUUUGUUCUCAGCGCUGCCAGCGAGAAGUCGUGCCAAGAUAUGGCAUCCAAAGUGGCCAAGUAUCUCGAGAGCCAGGCGGAUUCGGCUGACGCGGACGCAUUGUUGAGCCGCCUUGCAUACACCCUGAGUAGGAGGUCUGUCAUGGCGAACAGGGUCGGAGUUGUUGCCUCUGACUUGAAUGACCUGGUUGCGCAGCUGACCAAACUGUCCACCGAAGCCAUCCCCCGUGCCGACCACCAGACGACCCCUCGCAUCGGCUUCGUUUUCAGCGGCCAAGGUGCCCAGUAUCCUCGAAUGGGCCAGAGCCUGCUAGGUACAUGGCCAACUUUCACGGCCAGUAUGAAGCGGGCAGCUGCAUGCAUGCAGGCAUGCGGAAGCUCGUGGGACCUGCUUGAGGAGCUGCUCAAGGAGCCCGCAGAGAGCCGAAUGGAGGAUCCGUGUAUCGCACAGCCCAUAUCCACGGCGGUUCAAAUCUCUCUCGUGGACGCCCUCAAGGAUCUGGGGGUAGUUCCGAGCGCUGUGAUAGGCCAUUCUAGCGGCGAGAUUGCUGCCGCGUACUGCGCCGAAGCCAUCUCGUUCGAGGAUGCCAUGACGGUGGCAUAUCACCGUGGUCGGCUAACCGGCGAUCUGAAAAAGGAAAACAAGGGCAAGGCCGGCGCCAUGAUAGCUGUCGGGGCAUCAGCGACGACUGUUAAGCAGUCCAUCGACCAGCUGGGUGCUGCUGCUUCCAGUAGGAUAGCCAUUGCCUGCUUCAACAGCCCUGAGAGCGUGACAGUAUCUGGAGAUGAAGAUGUCAUUAACUCCUUAAAGCAGCGACUAGACAAGCAGGAUGUCUGGAAUCGACUUCUCCGUACCGGGGGAGCUGCCUACCACUCGCCUCAGAUGCUCCAAGUUGCUGAAAAAUACCACGAGGCUCUGAAGGAUGUAUCCGGCGGCGUGCCUGUAUCCAAUAUCAGCAUGGCCUCCUCUGUCACGGGCGAGGAUCUCGCAGACAAGCCCAUCACCCGGGACUACUGGGUGCACAAUCUGGUCUCGCCUGUCCGCUUCACGGACGCUUUGAAGAAGAUGUGCGUGGGAGAAAGUGGCACGCGCAGGGUCGACUUGCUUCUUGAGCUGGGAUCCCACUUCCAGCUGGAAGGUCCCAUCAAGCAGACCGUGAGGACUUUCACCGGACAGGCGGCCAAGAUUCAUUAUGCUGGGUCUCUAAAGCGCGGUGAGGAUGCCCAGCUCCGCCUGUUGGAGAUGCUCCGGUCCUUGUAUUUGGAAAGACUCCCCGUCGCCUUUUGGAAGGCCAAUGCUGGUUUCGAAACGGCCCCUAAACUCCUGACGGAUCUUCCCCCUUAUCCGUUCGACCACUCCAAGACGUACUGGCACGAGAGUCGGGUAUCCAAGGCGUACAAACAUCGUGCAUUCCUCCCCCAUGAGCUCCUGGGCAGCCUCAUCCAUGACAACAAUCCCCAGGAGCCCAGAUGGCGUUGCUUCCUCAACCUGAAAGACGUCCCCUGGCUGAGUGGCCACAUUAUCCAGGGGCAGACCAUUUUCCCAGCCACGGCAUACCUCGCCAUGGUCUUUCAAGCGGCACGACAAGACACGGCUAUGCGGAAUCCCCAAGCAACGAUUAACCGGUUUAUCCUCCGGAACGUCAACAUGUCACAGGCGCUGGUCAUGGAGAAUAACAAGCCCGACUUGGAGAUCAGCCUGUCGCUUCGGCCCCAGGCAGUGUCGGCGAGGAAGUCGUCCCAGCUAUGGCAAGAGUUCCGUAUCUUCAGCACAUCCGCCGACGACGUUUGGACCGAGCAUUGCCGCGGUCUUGUACAGGUUGUCCUCAAGUCGGAGUCUGCCACCCAGGAUGACGGUAUUGUCCCUACCCGGGUCACGCUGCCACCGCACGCCCAACACAUUCAAGCCAAGCAGUUCUACCACAGGGCAAGAGAUAUUGGCGUCAACUGGAGCGCGCCGUUUGACAACCUGACUGAUAUCAAGAUCGCUUCCGGGGCGUGCAUCGCAGACUCGUCGUUUGUGGCCGGUGCCGGUGCCUCUGAGACAGACUACACCAUCCACCCCGGCGUCAUGGACGCUGUCCUGUACCACGGUAUGAUGGGUGUCCUCAUCUUUGAUGAAAAUGACAAGUCCCCCGUUGUGCCCACUUUCAUCGAGAAGAUGAUUGUGGCCGAGCAAGACCGGGCCAAGCCGAUUCAAGAGGUGACAUGUCACGCCACCCGGACCGAGAGUGCGCUUACCUUUGACAUUGGCAUUUUUGAGAAACAGAACGAGGAAAACAUGGUCCUGCAGGCCUGGGGAGUGGUUGCGACCAAGUUGCCAGACGUUUUCAUCGGCGAAGGUCGCAAACGAGACUUGUGCCACGUUCCGGACUGGGUGACUUACAUGCCCAAGACUACCCAGAAGCACAUUGAUGACAUGUGCAAAAAGUCGCUCGAAGAAAGGUCCAUCAUCCCAGAAAUCAAGGCUUUGGAGGCCCUAACUGUGAACUACGUCAAGCGUGCCCUGGCCUCCACACCGGCAGAUGAGGUAGCCGAAGGAUACCAGCGCAACUGGUUUGAAUGGAUGAAGACACUCGCCGACCAGGAGCCUGAUCCAGCCUUCCUCAAAGCAGGAGAGGCAGAUGGCAGCGUUUCCGCAGAGGUCGCGCGGCGUCUGGGGCCACGCUUGAGCGAGAUCCUGCGAGGAACUACUCAUCCCCUGGACAUCCUGAACGAAGAUAACCUGCUGAGCGGACUCUACCUGGAAGGUGGCAACGCUCGCUGUAUUGCGCAGAUGGCCGCGUACAUGGGCGAGCUGGGUCGUCUGAAUCCCAAUAUGAAGAUUAUCGAGGUUGGCGCCGGCACCGGAUCAGCCACCUUGCCCGUCCUGCAGGCUCUGCAAGCCCCGAACAGAGUGCUGGCGUCCGGGUACGAUUUCACCGAUAUAUCACCAGGAUUUUUCCCGGCCGCACGAGAGCUGCUCUCUGACUUUGAAAACAUUAUGCAGUAUAAGAUCUUGAAUGUCGAGAAGACAGCCGAGGAAAACGGCUUUGAGCCCAACAGCUACGAUGUCCUUAUCGCUUCCAACGUUCUCCACGCUACUCCUUGUAUCGACGUCGUCCUGGAAAACGUCAGGUCGCUGCUUCGCCCCGGCGGUAAGUUGAUCCUGAUGGAGCCUACCGAGAAUCUUCCCCACUACGGUCUUGUUUUUGGCUCGCUUGCUGGUUGGUGGGCCGGGGUCGACGAGGGCCGGACCCUCUCGCCUAUGCUUUCCCGCUCCGCAUGGAUCCAGAAGCUUUCAAAGAAUGGCUUCGUCCAAAAUGAAGCGGUCUUCGAGGACUACCCUGUGGCCGAUGGCGGCUCCAUUUCUGUCUUUGUGUCUGAAGUCCCGGUCCCGGCCCCUUCGGCAGCGCCCCUGGAUGUUGAAAUUGUAUCGUUUUCUGGAGAGGGUCUUGACUCGAGCUUCACGGAGAAGCUUCAGAAGAAGCUCUGGGACCGCUCAGUGGAGGCCUGUGUUGCCUCCCCACCCGUCUCCGAAGACAAGAUUAGCAUCAUUAUGCCCGACGUCUGCGAGCGUGUGGCCUGGGACAUGGAUGGCCCGCUCUUCGACUCGAUCAAGGCUCGGGUCGCUAGCUCUAAGGUCGUCGUGUUCGUAAUGUGCACGGCUAAAGAGAAAGAAAAGCGACCCAGUGGUGACUGGAUCUACGGGUUCUGCCGAUCGAUCCGCUAUGAGUACGUCUCUGUACGCCUAGUUAGUCUUGAGCUCGAAGGCGGAUUGGAGGCCGGCGUUGAAGCCCUGUCAACUAUUUUGAACAGCCCGACGGCUGACAUGAGCCUUCCCAUCGACGAGGUUGAGCUUGAAUACAUGGAAAGGGGGGGGCAGCUCUACGUUUCCCGUGUUCGUUCGGAGCCGAGCUUUGACAGCUACGUUAGCCGGGAUCUGGGCAGGUCGGUCUCCGAGGAGGCUCCAUUUCUCAACGACAGAGCCAUGUCGGCAGAGCUGGGCGUUCCAGGCGUGCUCGACACCCUCCGCUGGGCGGACAAUCCCGAAAUUUCCGGGCCAGUGGAUCCCGAUUGUGUUAGGCUGCAGCUUUGCGCCGCCAGCAUCAACUUCAAGGAUGUGCUGGUUGCCUCGGGCCAGCUGGAGGGCAUCACCCAGAUGCGCAAUGACUGCAGCGGUAUCGUGCUCGAGGUCGGAGCCAACAUGACCAGCAAGUUCAAGCCCGGAGACCGCGUCUGCUCUCUGUAUUCCCAGUCAUUCACAAACUACCCCAUGGUCCACGGCUUGUGCUGCCAUGUGAUACCCCAGGAUAUGGACUUUGCAGACGCGGCUUCGAUACCCCUUGUCUGGUGCACUGUCUACUACUGCUUGGUCACUAUUGCCAGGCUGCAAAAAGGGGAGAGUAUCCUCAUCCACUCGGCUGCCGGCGCGGUCGGACAAGCAUCGAUUAUGCUGGCACGUCAUCUCGGCGCCGAGAUAUUUGUUACAUGCGGAAACGAGGCCAAGGUGGAACUGCUCAACACUGAGUUUAACAUCCCGAGGGAUCACAUCUUCUCCAGCCGUACCACGGCCUUCCGCGACAAGAUCCACGCCAUGACCAACGGCGACGGAGUGGACGUUGUCCUUAAUUCUCUCGGAGGAGAAAUGUUCCGCGAGUCGUGCAACACACUGGCAGCACAUGGUCGGUUCGUCGAGAUUGGGCGCAAGGAUCUCAUGGAGAACGCCCUAAUGCCCAUGGAGUUCCUGCUGAAUAACAUCACUUUCGCCUACGUUGACUUUGCGCACAUUCUUGCGACCAAGACGAGGCUGGCGUCCCAGCUUCUGGGGGAUGUGAUGAAGCUCUUCGCCUCCGGAGCCGUGCAGCAUGUGCGACAGAUCAAAUAUCCGAUUUCGGAGAUGGCAGCUGCGUUCCGUCUGAUUCAAGCUGGCAAACACACGGGUAAAGUUGUCUUGACCGUGGAGCCCGAGGUUAAGGUCCAGGUUGUCCCAUCAAAGCCUCCAUCCGUUCAGCUCAGCUCAGAGGCGACCUACAUUGUGGUCGGAGGCUUAGGAGGCCUGGGCAAGCGGCUCGUCGACUGGACUGCAGAGAAAGGAGCUCGCCAUAUUUGCAUCUUCUCCAGGACUGCUCAGCCCGACUCGGAUACUCAGAGCUUCCUGGACAAACUAGCAUCUAUAAGAGUCAAGGUCCGUGUCGAAAAGUGCGACGUGAGUUCGGAGGAAUCAUUGAAGAAAGCCGUGGCCACGAUUCAGGAAACCAUGCCCCCGAUCCGCGGAUUAUUCCAAGCUGCCAUGGUCCUGCAAGAUGUCUUGCUGGAAGACAUGACGGUUGAGCAGUGGUGCAAAGUCACGGCCCCCAAGGUACAAGGCACAUGGAACCUGCACAAGCUUCUGCCCGAUGACAUGGACUUUUUCAUUAUGCUGUCGUCGGUAGUAUCCAUGGUUGGGACUGUUGGAGCUAGCAAUUACGCUUCGUCAUGCGCCUUCCAGGAUGGCAUCGCUCGCUACCGCCGGCGGCUGGGCCUGCCGGCCUACUCGGUCAAUAUCGGCGCCAUUGUCGAAGCCGGCUACGUCAGUGAGAAUCCAGAGGUCGCUGUCAACCUCCGAAAGAACGGGCUUGGCAGCGUUGCCAUUUCCGAGUUCUUAUCCCAUCUCGGCGACAUUAUUCAACACAAGACGGAAUACACCCAGUCAUCGCUCGGCAUACUGCCCAACGGUACGGAGCGCGGCCUCGGAGAAGCGCGCUGGGCAAAUGACAGGAGGCUUGCCCAGAUUUUUGGAUCGGAGAGUCAGGCCGGCAGCAAGGCAGUUGGUGGUGGUGCUGACAAUGUUGGCUUCGUGCUCCAGGCUGCAACGACGUUCCAUGAGGCCCAGGAUAUCGUCUGCAAGGCCAUUGUCAAGCAACUGGCAACCAUCCUCGCCAUAGACGCCAGCGACAUCAUCCCUGCUCGGAGUCUGGACUCGUAUGGUCUGGACUCGCUGGUCGGUGUCGAGUUGAGAAACUGGAUCGGUGCCUAUCUACAAGUCAACCUGCCUCUGUUGGUCAUGUGGAAUACUAGCAGCAUCAAUGAGCUGGCCGAGAUUGUGACCAAGGGAUCCAGACUCGUCAAGGUGAAGUCGGAGGAGGAGGAGGCGGAGGAGGAGGAGGAGGAGGUUGAGGCAGCUAAAGAAGAAUGAAAAAGUGGGUGGGUAUACGAAAGGUGUGUUGAUUGAUCUGCUAUAUUACUGUUAUGUUAGACUACAUACAUUUGACUCCAUGCUUGAGGUUUCCUCAUGAACUUUUGCUACACUAUGCUAUGUUAUUCUCCCAGCUGCAGACUACCCUUCGAGCGACUGCCAGCCCAUACUUGCACCACGCUACAUUUCUCUUUGCUCCCAAAAGACAAAUGAUACUUACUGCAGCGGGAGUUGCAGGGGGCUUAGAAGGCUUCUAAACCAAAAAAAGGAUUCCCUAAAUUUGAAUGCUUCCAUAGGCUCGAAGGCUUCUAAGGUGGAGAAG